AAAUAAUUAUAUUUUGAUCACAGGUAACCGAUUGUCCAAGCUACUACCCUAUUCAUAAAGCCUCUGAACAAACAAAUCGAACCAAAGCUCCGAUCUCCGUUCAACCUCACCGAUCGAUCAGAUGUCGAUUUUUGAGUAUAAUGGGAGUGCCUUGGUGGCGAUGGUAGGUAAGAAUUGCUUUGCAAUUGCUAGUGAUAGGAGGCUUGGUGUUCAGCUUCAAACUAUUGCUACCGAUUUCCAACGUAUUUUCAAGAUUCAUGAUAAGCUUUUCCUCGGUCUAUCUGGUCUUGGUUCCGAUGCUCAGACACUUCAUCAGCGGCUUGUGUUUCGCCACAAGCUGUAUCAGCUGAGGGAAGAAAGAGACAUGAAGCCUGAAACUUUUGCUAGCCUUGUCUCUGCUAUGCUGUAUGAGAAAAGGUUUGGUCCUUACUUCUGCCAACCUGUGAUUGCUGGAUUGGGAGAGGACGACAAGCCAUUUAUUUGCACAAUGGACUCAAUUGGAGCAAAGGAGCUUGCAAAAGAUUUUGUGGUGGCUGGUACUGCAUCAGAAUCUCUUUAUGGUGCCUGUGAGUCGAUGUUCAAGCCAGACAUGGAUCAUGAGGAGCUGUUUGAAACCAUCUCCCAAGCACUUGUAUCAUCAAUUGACCGUGAUUGCUUAAGUGGUUGGGGAGGACAUGUCUACAUAGUCACACCGACUGAAGUGACCGAAAGAAUCUUGAAAGGGAGAAUGGAUUGAUCUACAAAAAGUUAUUUAGCCUUGGCUUUGGGAUUGAAGGGAGUAAGGUUCGGCAUUGAAUUAGUGUUAUUGUACUUUGGUGUCGGGUAGCUUGUUAUUUCCGAAGGUGUUUUUGUGCUUUUGACUUGGAAACUUUUAUGGUAUUGUUCUGUAACAGUCGGUCUUCAACGGAUGUUUUAUCUAAAACUCUCUUUCUUGGGUCUUUAAGCA